ACAGAUAUUCACACAGAAACCCUAACUGGCAGGGCACCAUCAGGUCUCUCGGUUGUAACAUUUCAUCACAAGAGCACAUCUUCAUCAUAAGCUUUUCACUCUCGCUUGAGAAUUUUUAAGCCCUUAAGGAGGUCCGAAUCGUGUUCGCGUUGCUUCGAUCAACUUUUCCUCAGGUCGUCUUCCAUCAACUCAUUGCUUCGAAGUUGUUGUCAGGGUGGAUGGCUUGCUUUACAGGGGUGUUGAGGCAGUGUGACAUAGUUAUAAGGUACGUGGUUUCUUGGGUUAAUGUGCUUUCAGGGUCAAUGACCAUAAACAAAAACAGGUGAAGAAGAGCAGAGAACAAUGAGUGUUUGGUCCAAAAACUUGAGCUCAGUAUUCUAUGCAGUUUCGUACCAUCCCAUUCAAGCUGACAGCAUCGAUGACAUGGAUGUUGUUCCUCACGACAAUGCUGUUUAUCGUGCUUAACUCUGUUCCUCUAUUGGCCUCUCCAGCGACUAUAUCCUGCACUUAUGUAUGGGCUACCUGGCAAGGACUUUUGCCAUUGGAGAGGAUUAUUCUGUUGAACCCGCUGAUACCAGGAGACCAUUCCGUGCUCUCCUUGAUAUUGGUCUUAUCAGGACUACAAUGGGAAAUCGUGUCUUUGGUUCCCUUAAGUAAAGAGAACGAAGAUCUUUCAGCAAAGGCAAAGGCAAAGUUCAGCAUAUCUUUCAGCAAAGGCCUAGUUAUGAAGUAGCCACACCAUUAUGUAUAUACUUUUUUUUUGCAUUUUUCUAGGUAAUAAUCAUGAUUAGGCCGUAUUAGUAAAAUUAUAUAUAGUUCAAUUUUGAUGAGUUGAAAUUGAUUCUUUCUAGACUUUAGCUUUUUUGCUUUUAAAUCCUGUCAUGUAUUAAUCAUUCUUGUAAUGUUGUACAGAGUAUCUGUUCCUCAUUAUUAGAAACAUGGUUGGUUAUUAAUUGAAAUUAAUCA